CACGAGUCCGGCGGUGGGCGAUGCAGAUGCGUCUGGUUAUGAGAGUUGUGAUUCGGUUCUGAAGCUGUUACAGGAAGUACGAGAGUUUUCUGAUGUGUCCUCACCAGACUCGCUUCAGACGUCAAAUCAGGACGGCUGGUCACCAUGGAAACUUCAAAGCAGCUUCUGGGGCCCCUCUGUGUCUGCAGACUGGGGAAAGGUUAGUGAAGUUGGACGCAAUUGUUGAACAAACCGGCUUGCGCCGGACUUGAGUGCAAGAAAACCAAAAAAGAAAAAAACAGGAUUUUAAAGCAUGAAAGCUUGCCUUUAGAGUGGACAGUUUCAGUACAUCACAAUGUUCGCGUUGUCUGAAUUGUGGUCCGGCGGCGAGCGUCAGGGUAGUUAUAAGCUGCUGAAGCCAUGGUGGGAGGUCUUCAUGGACUACCUCCUGGUGCUCAUGCUGAUGGUGUCCAUCCUUGCUGGGACACUCCUGCUAUCACGGGACGGAGUAGUGUGCGUCCCCGAACACUCUUCCUCCAUUAACUACAGCUCUCCCAUAAAGCCUGUAUCUGAUUCCAUCUUUAGUAGCACACCAGAGUCACUCAAGACCCCUGUGAAGGGGCGACGUACCAACCUGGACUUCCAGCAGUACAUCUACAUCAGUCAGGUUUGCUAUCAUGAGGCGCUGCCCUGGUAUUCGCGCUUUCUGCCGUACGUGACGCUGCUCCACACGCUGGUUCUCCUGGCCAGCGGCUGCUUCUGGUUUCACUUCCCGCUCACGUCCGCUCGCAUCGAGCACUUCCUGUCGCUUCUUGCUAAAUGUUGCGAAUCGCCAUGGACGACAAGGGCGCUUUCUCAUACGGCCAAACUGGACACACGCUUCUCAGAGGCGGACCAAGUGGUGCAACCCAAAGUUCAGGUAACAUCUUUGUACAAAACACGCAAGUCGAGUCUGGACUCUGGGACGGACAGCCCUCUGCUGGCGGGAACUGAUAGUGUGUCCACAACAACGCAACCGUCUCCGUGUCCCUCAACGUUGUCCCACUGCUCAACUCUCUCUGCUCUGUCACUCACGGAGCCGGUUCUGCCGGUGCAAGUCGUUCCGGACACUUCUAGACGAGGAGCCACAUUGGACCGCAGCGACAGAGAGCAGGCCAGAGCACUGUUUGAGAGGGUGCGCAGGUUUCGUGCUCACUGCGAGAGUUCAGAUGUUAUCUAUAAGGUGUACACUGCUCAGACGGUGUUCAAGGUCCUGAAGUUCAUUCUAAUCAUAAGCUACACCACUCCUCUCCUGGGCUCCAUCACCUUCAGUCACGUCUGCCAGCCUCGCUCUUACGCUCUGACCGGCUACAGCGUCUUCCAGUGCAGUCACUCACUGUCCUCUGUCCUGCGCAAGCUAAUGCAAGCUUACGUCUCGCUGCUCUUUCUGUUUGGUCUGCUGGGCAUCUAUGCCCUGUUCUGGAUCUUCCACAAGUCUUUGAGGCAGUACUCUUUCCAGAGUCUACGUGAGAAAGGAUCCAUGCUAGAUGUACCUGACCUUCAUAAUGACCUCGCCUUCCUCUUGCACAUGGCUGACCAGUACGACCCUCUACUGGCCCAGCGCCUAUCUGUCUUCCUGUCACCGGUCAGCGAGACUCGACUGCUGGAAGAAAGUCUGGAGCGUCGCUGGGGAGCAGAACGCUUGCGGUCAAUGAUCACGUCCGACCAGCAGGGGCGCUCUCUGCUGCAGCUCGUGGCUCUUCCUCACCUGCCACCAGCUCUGUUCACCUUAAGCCAGUUAGAGGUAUUAAAGUUGGAACUUAUUGGAGACGCCAAACUGACAGCACAGAUAUCUAACAUGACCGCUCUCAGAGAGAUGCACCUUUACCACUGCACUGUAUCAGUGGAGCCUGGAGCACUGCAGCACCUUCAGGAACACCUGGAGACUUUACAUGUAACCUUCACCCAAGCUGCAGAGAUCCCAGUCUGGGUUUAUUCCCUCCGCGGCUUGCAAGAGCUGCACCUCACCGGGAGGUUAAGCAAUGAGGGCGGGAUGGGGCGCGGAUGGGCCCUUGGCAGCCUUCGACAACUGCGUCACCUCCGCGUCUUGGCGCUGCGCGGUAUGCUGCAGAAAAUUCCAGGGGAGCUUAGUGAAUUAGCAGGGAGUCUGCUAAAACUGGAGAUAUAUAACGAGGGCACCAGGCUGUUGGUACUUACGGGACUAAGGCGUUUGACCGGACUGGCAGAAGUGCAACUGCAAGCAUGCCAGUUGGAGAGGUUGCCAUCAGCACUGCUGGCGCUUACAGGUCUACGCAGUUUGGACCUGCAACACAACAGUCUGCGUACUUUAGAAGAGCUGUUGGGAUUGCAGCAUCUGCGGCGUCUGUCCUGCCUACGACUCGCGCAUAACCGUGUUUUGGCUCUUCCAGCCAGCGUAGGAGUGCUGCGCUCACUGGAGCUCUUGGAUUUGGCACACAAUCAGCUGCAAAACCUACCUUCGGCACUCUUUACGUUGCAUAAACUGCGGCGCCUGUUUUUGGCGGGAAACCUUUUGGAAGAGUUGCCAGCUGAAAUUGGAGCCUUGAUGCUUCUAAGUGAACUAGACCUGAGUGCCAACAGGCUUGAAUGUCUCCCCAAGGAACUGUUUGAAAGUUGCGUAGAACUUCGCAACUUGAAUGUCGCGAAUAACUCUCUUGGGUCUUUGCCUGCUGGUUUGGGCUGCCUGACUCAGCUUUCACGUCUGGACGUACGGGGAAACAGUCUAGAGGAGCUGCCGAUCGAGCUGGGGUGUUGUUUUGGGCUUCGUGGAGGCAGUUUGCUGGUGGAAAACUGGCUGUUACACACCCUACCUCGGCAGGUCAGGGACGUCCUACAGCAGCCCAGCUCUUGCCCCUCUUCUGAACCUCCAUCACGCCCUAAUUCUGACUGCUUUCCUACCUUUUCAGCUGCACAGUGGAGCUUCCACUCCGCACUGGAAUCUCGGAUAUAAAACAUCAGCACAACUCAUAAACAAUAUCUAACUAAUAUUACUAAAAUGAAUCUGGAAAAAGCUAGUCUCCUGCUAUAUGAUGACUGAAAAAUUAAAAACAUGUUUUUAUACUUAACAGUUAAUUGUAACUAGCCCAACGAACCCAUUGUAAUCCUUUCUAAUCUUUAUUUUGAAAAGCUUUAAGACUCUAGUUUUCACAUACGGUGACUAAUUUUUUUUUUUUUUUAAUUCAUGGUACUCUUGGUUACUUUUUAUGCCAAAAGUUCAAAAAAUAACAUUUGUUCUAAUUUUGUGUCUAAAAAUGUUUAUAAUCUAAAAAAUAUUGACAGAAUCCCCAUUUAUGAUGCACUACAAACGCGUCUGGUUGAUUUCUGCAUGUCUUUCACAGUCUUUAUAUGGAUCAACGUAUUUUGUUUUGUACUAUAUGUUUUGUAAACAUAAUUUAGAUUUUAAAAAAGUAAAAUGUAGUGCGGGACAUUUUACAUGUUAAUGGACUUCUAUAUCUUUAUCUGCUUCACUUUAAUAACUUUUUUUCCACUUCCACAAAAUUGUUCCAAAAUCAGCCAUGUGCUCCCUAACAUAACAUUUGUUGUGGUCUCAUGUACAGUACUAGUACAAGUUUGAUCUUCAAAAUAAUGCAUAAUUUUUCUAAUGAAAUCAAACGUUUUUUUUUUUUUUUUUAAUCUAUUCUUUUGAUGUUUAUUUAAUCAGACUACACUAUUCUUAACAUAAUAACUAGGCAGGAGGUAGAAAUAUAACCUUAAUUUUCAGUAAUUGUUUACCAAAACAAAUGAAAACAGAUUAAUUAAUAAGAUUUGGACGCAUAAAUAUGUGACCCUGGACCACAAAACCAGUCAUAAGGGUUGAUUUUUUUUAUUUUUAUUUUUUUUAUUGAGAUUUAUACAUAAUCUGAAAGCUGAAUAAAAAAGCUUUCCAUUGAUGUUUGAUGUAUGAUUUUUUAGGAUAGGACAAUAUUUGGCUGGAUACAAUUAUUUGAAAAUCUGGAAUCUUGA